AUGUUCCUCUUCGUCAUGCCGUUCCGGGUCUGUGAAGCUAUCACCACCGAUAUCUUCCACUCGGUCGGCAUUCAGAAACACGAGGCAGAGGAGUGCUUUGGUGCCAUAGCUCAACAAAUCAGCAACGCUCGAAUACUUCAUCAUUUUAAACUUGAGUCUUUCAGAGACGUGGACUGGAUACGACGUCGCUUAUCCCAAGUCGUGAGAUUACAGGCGAAGACUGGGAAGAUUGUUUGUCCGCCAGCACACAUCAUGGGCUGCAUAGUUGCAGCCGUUGCCUAUCGCAAGCUUCUGCCUGAGAAUGAAGGAUUCUUUGACAAGAAUAAAGGCUUGGUCAAGGUGUUUGGCGAACUCAACAGCAUCCAGUGGCUGUCCGUUGCUGUGCAGAUGUGGAACCAGGUUAAGUCGAAGUGGUUCAUCAUUGAACUGGACGAAGCCCGCCAGAAACCUGUGGCAGAACUGCGAAACUGGGAGGGAAGCCCGUUUUGGUUUGUCACCACCAGCAUGCCGGCUAUGAAUAAAUAUGAGAACGUUCUUCGCAGCGUCUUAUGCCCAGGUGGUCCCGCUGUUCAACCUGCUGGCCCAACGAUUCCUAAGCUAGAGCGAAGUGACAACGCACUUCCAUCUAUUGAGCCUAACGACACCACAAACGAGCCGAUUGCUGUGAGCGAUGACGAUGAGUCGGAGGACAAUGCUAUGACGCUUCGCGACUUUACCCGACAGAUGAAGAUACUCGGAAAAAGACUCGCAACUCCGGAUCGAACCAUCGCGAGACGUGCGCGAAGGGAAAUUUUGAAGAAGCCAGAUGAGGUCAGAGACAAAGAGGCCGUCGAAGACGGCCCACUAAAGGAGUAUUUCGACUCCUACACCCACUUGAAAGAUGUUUGGAGGACUUUCCUCCAAAACGGCGUCUCGAUCCCUAACAGCCUACGUGUUCUUGUGGAUCAUCACUGUACUCCCAGUCAAGUAUUUCAUUUGACGGAGCUAGAGAAGGAACAUCAGAUGGAAAUGGAGGUUGACGGUUAA